AUGUAAGUGCAAUUCUGCAUAGAUUGAAGAAACAUUUUAUAUGUCUUAAAAUAUAUUCUGAAAACAUGAAAUGUUCUUCAUCCAAUUUCUUGAUUAUUCGAACUAACUAGUUGAGAUUAAUCAACUACUAAAAUAAUCAAUAGCUGCAGCCCUAGUAUGCAUGUGCUUUUGUAUUGACAUCAAGUAACCAUAAUAUUUCAAAUAUUACUUUGUUAAUUUCUCGCCAGGUUAAUACUGUAUACAGCUGUGAGUGGAUUUUACAGCUGUUUCUAUACAGGAACCCACAGUUUCAGUCCAGCCCUGACAAAUGUAUCAUCCGGGUGGGGUAGGGGACUUUUAACAGACUCCGUGGCGCCAGGUCUUCACACACUCACAGGAUAUGUAAAGACUUCAAUAACGAGCCAUUAACCUCCAAUCAUGUGGAUCGAUCGGGCGUUAACAAGCCUCUCUACAUAUGCAAAUGAUGAUGUUGACCCCCUUGUUAUAAAGCCCGCUCCCCGCCCGAUUUACCAUAUGCUUCGGCUGUCACUCACUGGGAAUGACAAGCCACUGCAAGCCAGGACCUGAGAACAUGGUGAAGUACUUUUCUGUGGACUGGCUGGCUCGGAGCCACCAUGACAACCCGUUGGAGGACAAAGAGAGUGUACCCGCUUGCAGGCCGCACAUCCCGUGCAUGGUGCAGCCCAGCCCGCCUGCGUACGGCAAGACUUGCGUGCAGCCCAAACCAAAAUCAUUUAAACCUACGGAGACCUCACCUUCGCUUUCAACAGGCAGCGCAUCACCAAUUUCAGAAACAUGCGGCUACUCCUCUGGCUACGAUAGUGAAGCGGCUUCCUCGGAGUGUCUUUCCGUGGAUGAGACCAGUGAAGCGGAGAAAGAGUGCUCCCAGUUGCGAAGGGUGCGCACUAAAUUCACCCCCGAGCAGAUCAGCAGACUGGUGAAGAUAUUCGACAAGCACAAGUACUUGGAUGCUGGCGAGAGGGUGAAGACUGCACGCAAAUUGGGCCUCACUGAAACUCAGGUGAGGACAUGGUUCCAGAACCGGAGAAUGAAGCUCAAAAGGGAAGUGCAGGACCUCGCUCCCCAAGUGCAACCAGUCAUGUUCCAACAUCUCCACCCUAUUCAAUACCAAGCCAUGGGUGGACCGCAAACUCACAACCCCCCAGCCCCCGGCGCAGGCUUUUACCCGGUUCCUAUGCCGCAGAUGCACCCUCACCAUGUUUUGAUCCACAACCCGCAUUUCUACUGAGAGACGUUUUUGAAAGCGACUUCUCACUCAAACACUUAAUAACAAGUGCAAUUUCGAGCCACUUUUAAGUCUUUCUUUGGUUUGUGUUCUUUGAUGCAAGAAAUGUAUAUAAAGCAGAAAGCAAAAGUUUAUUUAUCAUUCAAAUAAAGUUUAUCUUUGUAAUGCAAUUGCUGACUUGCUCACUGUGUGUAAAGUACAAAGAAUUGGUGUGCGUGCUCAUUCUGAUAUUCUUAACAAAUAUAUCCUACUUCACUUAAAUUCCACCAAUAAGCAUAUUACAGUUAACAGAAUGUUUUAGGAAUGCAUACGUUCAUGCAUGCCCGCCGAAAAGGAACAACAUUAUGACAUUUCCGCGUCCAGGACGCUUUUUUCUUUUUCCAGGCACACAAAUGCCAAAUGCAGCCCUCUUGUUUGCAUUUCAAACGCCACCUAACGGGGCAGAUCAUGGUCAACAAAUAGUUUUAAUUAAGGAGCGCAUUGAUGAGUUUACACGUACCACAGGGGCCCUCCGGCAUGGCUCCUGAGAGUCUGCGCUUUUGUAUGAUAAGAAUUUUAAUCUCUGGUUUGAAGUCUCGAGGUCAGACUUUGAUUGUGUGUUGUGAUUUGUAAAGACUGAGCCCAACGUCGUCUAUGAAAAAAUAAUAAAGAAUGAGUAAAUGUUUAAAGUCUCUUAACAGCAAAUGAAAUUAAGAAGACUGAUAUGACGAUAUAACUGCAUGUACACUUUUUGCUGGGGCCAAGAGAUAAAACCAAACAGAACGGGGGUCACAGCCACAUUUCUUAUGAAUAUGAGCCUAAUUAAUUGGUAGGCUAAAUGAUUAAUGCAAAAUAAAUCUGUAAAUCUUAGA